AGGGCAGGUGGCUCCCCCUGGACUUGCUGACCCAGGCUGCAGCUGCUUUCUGAAGUGAAGCGCGAGAGGGAGCUGCUUGUCUCUUGGUUGACACGGUCAACCUCCCUCUGCAAGGUUAAAGCCAUGCCUCCAUUAGGGAGGCUUCAUAACCAUAGAGAGGGUGUUGCUUGUGAAACGGAGAGGCAGGUGGAACCUUGCUGCAGGCCUAAUAAACAUGUCUUCUCCGUCCCCUUUCAUGCCGGUUUUGUGCCAGAUACAGUCAGCCUCUUUACAUGACUCCUUUCGGGGCGGAGGGGCGAGUAGGAGUGUCUUAAGGCUGUGCUUCUACUCCACCGCCUGACUUCAAAUAAUACCAACAGCGCUUGGAUCCUAAGCCCCAAGAGUGGUCCCUCUCUGCGCUGAGUCUUUGGUGUGUCACACCACUGCAUCCUCGUAAAGGCCCUAGAGAGUAACUUCCCACUUAACAGACCAUGGCUCCAGGCCGGUGAUCCCUCCCAACUCCAGAGGAACAGGUACUCCACCUCUCCAGGAGCUGACUACAUUUGGUGACCUGUUUCUGUCCAGUGCCCCUGAGGGCUCAGCUGCUGGGUCUGCUGGAAGCCUCGCUAUGAAUGACCGAAGCAACCGUAGGCGGACAAGACGAAGAGACCUUUGAGAUCUCCAUCCCCUUCGAAGAGGCACCCCACUUAGACUCACAGAUCUUCUACAGUCUGAGUCCCUCUCAGAGAAAUUUUGAGGAGCCUCCAGAGGCCACCUCCCCGACCCUGGCCCUGAUGAACAGCGUCAAGGCCCAGCUGCACAUGGCCCUGGAGAGGAACUCCUGGUUGCAGAAGCGCAUUGAGGACCUGGAGGAGGAGAGGGACUUUCUGCGGUGUCAGCUGGACAAAUUCAUUUCCUCAGCCCGGAUGGAUGCAGAGGACCACUGCCGGAUGAAGCCUGGGCCACGGAGGGCUGAUGGGGACAGCCGGGCUGGGGUUGGGGGAGAAGCUUCAGACCCUGAGUCAGCAGCCUCCUCCUUCAGCGGGGCGUCCGAAGAGGGCAGUGCCAGUGAAAGGAAGAGGCAGAAGCCGAAGGGAAGUACUGGCCGGCGGCGAUUUGGGAAGCCCAAGGCUCGAGAGAGGCAGCGGGUGAAGGACGCUGAUGGGGUCCUCUGCCGCUACAAGAAGAUCCUGGGCACCUUCCAGAAGCUCAAGAGCAUGUCUCGAGCCUUUGAGCACCACCGUGUGGACCGGAACACGGUGGCGCUGACCACGCCCAUCGCGGAGCUGCUCAUUGUGGCUCCCGAAAAGCUGGCUGAGGUGGGAGAGUUCGACCCAUCCAAGGAGCGCCUGCUGGAGUACUCCCGCCGCUGCUUCCUGGCGCUGGACGACGAGACUCUCAAGAAGGUGCAGGCUCUCAAAAAGAGCAAGCUCCUCUUGCCCAUCACCUACCGCUUCAAGCGGUGAUGCCGCCGCCGCCGCCGGCCCACACGCCUCCCCGCCCCGCAGACCGCUGGCAAGGCCGGGGUCCCCGCACCCCCGGGGCCACCGGUCGCCUUUCCCGAGCACUGGGCCCUGCCCCUCGGCCGCCCACGCUGGGCAUGCCAUCUCCAUUCCACCCAGCAAGGGCGGCCAGCUCGGCCCCCUAGCCAGGAGUAGCCCAUCCGCAUCUUACAUGAAGACAGAGCAUUAUUCAGAGAAUUUAAAUUAAAGAGACAUGAACAUUUUCAAUAAA